AUGUCGGUGCGCAGCGUUACGUCGUUGGCCGAGAUCAGCAAGGAGGGCCUCGAGCUGACCGCUGUCGUCGGGCCGCUCUUGGCUGAGGGCGCGGAGCCGCCUCCGGCGCGCCCAAAACGGCGUCCAAAAAAGGAGUGGUCGUCGGCGCUGACCGCCAUGACGGGGUUCGCCGCGCUCUUCGUGGGCUGCUCGCCGAUGCUGCUGCUCUGCGUCUCGCUUUCGAUGUACAGCGGCCUCCCGCCGGCAGCAGACGACGCGGGUGCCGCCGCGGCCGGAGGCAAGGGCGGGAGGGGAGGGAAGAAGGCGGCUACGCACGGGAGCGCGCACAGCCACCUCCACCGCCCGCGCGCGGGCAACGACUCGCGAGGGCUCAACGAGCCCAACCAGACGUUCAAGGUUCGGCCUGACGCCGAGCGGCACCGCGGGGAUUUGCGAGAGCCUGAGCCGUCGGACAGCACAGAGGCGCCGUCGGAGGCGUCCGCAACCCCGGCCGACAUGCACCCUCGUCUCGGCAUCACCGCGGAGAUGCAGGCGCGUCUGGCUGCUCCGUUUGGCGACGGUGGGGGCGAGGGCGAGCGGAGAGAGGAUGGCGGCGCCGCACCCGGCCGCGCCUCUGUGGCGCCCAUGGGACGGUUCCGAGAAGGUUCCCUCGAGGCGGCCGCGGGGGAGGAGAGGCGGAGAGCAGGAGGGCCGUCGUAG